UGCAGGAUGUACAGCUUUAUGGGUGGAGGGUUGUUCUGUGCAGGAGUGGGGAACAUCCUCCUGAUUGUUUCCACAGCAACCGAUUACUGGAUGCAGUAUCGGCAGUCCAGCAACUACAUGCAUCAGGGCCUGUGGCGUUACUGUAUGCCAGGGAAAUGCUUCCCGCACAGCGACAGCAUCGCCCACUUAGACGCCACCCGUGCCCUCAUGAUCCUCUCUCUUUUGGCCUGUUUCAUUGGCAUCAUCAUUGGCAUUAUGGCCUUCAUUCAUUACUCCUCCUUCGACAGGUUUGACAAAACCUUUGCUGCAGGCAUAUUGUUUUUCAUCUCAUGCUUUUUAGUGUUUCUAGCAAUGGCAGUGUACACUGGUGUGACUAUUAACUACUACGGAAAACGCUAUGGAAACUGGAGGUUCUCUUGGUCCUAUAUCAUUGGCUGGGUGUCAGUGGUUCUCACCUUCUUUUCAGGUAUAUUCUAUAUGUGUGCCUAUCGGAUGCAUGAAUGCCCCAGGAGCCCUAACUCUCAUUAGAAGAUUUAAACUAUCAUCAAGCCAUGAUCAUGAGGGCUGCACCAAGGCCGGGUGAAGAUUCUCACCAUCAGAUGCAUGCACAGUUACCUUUGAAACAUGAAUGAUCAAAGUUUCAGUUAUUUCAAUAAAAAGAUUGGGGAAAACAUGACUCGUCAUUUCAUCAACACUGUGCAUAAUUUACUUAAUUUCUUGGCGUGAUUUACUUUUCUGCCAUUUUUUUGCCAUUUGUUAACGUGGCUAACAGGUUUUAUGUCACUAGCAGAGUGCACCAUUCGGGCUUGACUUUAUAAUACUGUGUGUCCAAAGAGGUUUUAAUCUGUAAUACAAAAUUAAGUUGAAUACAUACAUCCUGAUUGAGUUUUUUUUUUAUCAUGUUUGUUAUUAUGUCUAAUGGAGAAGUACUACGAAAUGUACUUUUCCAAAUCGUUGUGGGGAAAU